AAGAUAAUGCUAUGAAAUGCUAUGCGAGCAGACGAUUUUUUUGCUGAGGGUUUCUCAAGAAAAAAAAAAAAAAUACAAGUAUAUAAUUCUCAGACUACAGACAUAUUCGUUCACACAGUACUGUACUCCACUACAUGUAUACAUGUGCAAGUUUUGUGAACUAUAACAUUUUAUACUUUCCCACGAAUCCUAUUGUACACUAAACUAUAAGUAUUAAAACUUUUUCUGUAACUAGACUAUAAGUGGUGUACUAAAAUUUGCAAGUUCUAAAAACUGCACAUGGAAGCAGAAGAUCAAGUGGUAGCUGAGGAAGUGGUCAGUGAAGAUGAGGAGGAAUCGUUAUUUCAAGACAUAGAACUCCUCCAGAACCACGGAAUAAAUGUUGCUGAUAUCAAGAAGUUAAAACAGUCCGGAAUAUGUACGAUAAAGGGUGUGCAAAUGACGACGAAGAAAAAACUUUGCACAAUAAAAGGAAUAUCGGAAGCAAAAAUGGAAAAGAUCAAAGAGGCAUCCAAUAAACUAUGUGACCCCGGUUUCCUGACUGCUUUGGAAUAUGCCGAUAAAAGAAAGCAAGUGUUCCGUAUAUCUACAGGGAGCCAAGAACUGGACAAGUUACUUGGCGGGGGAAUAGAAAGCAUGGGAAUUACCGAGGCCUUUGGCGAAUUCAGAACGGGAAAAACCCAACUGUCGCACACUCUCUGUGUAACGACACAGUUACCAGGCGCAAAUGGUUACACUGGAGGCAAAGUUGUCUUUAUCGACACAGAGAACACAUUUCGGCCAGAUAGACUCAGAACUAUUGCUGAUCGUUUCAAUUUGGACCAAAACGCUGUGCUAGACAAUGUUUUAUAUGCUAGAGCAUACACAAGCGAACACCAAUACGAACUGAUGGAUUUUGUGGCUGCAAAAUUUUACGAAGAAUCUGGAGUGUUCAAACUUCUUAUAGUAGACUCCAUAAUGGCACUGUUUCGAGUUGAUUUUAGUGGUCGCGGAGAAUUAGCAGAUCGGCAGCAAAAACUGGGACAGAUGUUGUCUAGGCUACAAAAAAUAGCAGAAGAGUACAAUGUUGCUGUUUUUGUAACGAAUCAGAUGACGGCAGAUCCUGGGGCAACAAUGUCAUUUCAAGCAGACCCCAAGAAGCCAAUAGGGGGACACAUUCUUGCACAUGCUUCUACAACAAGAAUAAGUCUGCGCAAGGGAAGAGGGGAAACAAGAAUUGCUAAAAUAUACGACAGCCCCGACCUCCCAGAAAAUGAGGCAACAUUUGCAAUAAUGGGUGGCGGAAUCAAUGACGCAAAGGAGUAAUGCAGACAGUUAACCAGGAGCCUAAGGAGGACUAGAUUUCUUUGUAUAUAAAAUACAAUAGUUUAAUGAACUAAUUUGUGUAUGUAUUUAGAUACAUCUGCUAUCCAUGUUUUUAUUUCCAAGAUUAUAAAAACAAAUCAAGAAUAUUAAAAUACACUGAGUAUAUUAUUACAUAUAUACAUGUAUAUAUAUAUAUAUAUAUAUCUAUAAAAAUAUUGGAUAUUUUUUUUUAACAAGUAUAAUUCUGUAGAGCAUUCCCAUGUCACAUAAAAUCAAUUGUAAUAAUUUGAUUAAUGUGUUGUAGCAAUUCAAGCAAUACAUUUUUCAUGUACAUUAACAGUGAUUUGUAAUAAAUCAAACCCUUGUAGUCGCAAUUGCUUAUCUCUAUUAUCUACACAUUUCUCCCACACGGAAAUUUUACUAAAAUUUUGUAAAUUCAUAUUUUGCUUCCAGUAAUUUAAAAACAAGGGUACGAUGGGGUGGCAGACCUUUGGUAAAACUGAUAAUAUACAACAAAAUUUAUCCAAUAAGCUGCCAUGUCAUGUAACUGCUCCUUUCAUAUUCUCAAGAAUAGACAUACUUUAACAUCUGCUCCCCAUUUUCAUAGCAUCUAUAUGAUGUACAUGUAUAAAGGUAAAGAUAACUAACUCCAUGCAUUAAAUUUUCUCUGUACAUCUAUAUUGAAACUCGCUUCACUACCAACCUCUCCCUCUCUGUCAAGGUUCAUUUCUUCUAUCUCUGAAAAAUGACCCUGUAUGUACAGCAUGUAUGUAAUAUACAAUGUAAAGUAAAACACGGCUAAAGCAAACCUCCAGAGCCAACAAAAAACAGUUCAUUAUAUCUAAACUUUGUUAUACAGAAAAAAAAACCCACAAUUGUUAUACAGUAAAACACAAUUAUAACGAAUCUCCAGGGCUAACAAAAAACAGUUCAUUAUAACCAAACUUUGUUAUACAGUAAAACACAGUUAUAGCGAAUCUCCAGGGCUAACAAAAAACAGUUCAUUAUAACCAAACUUUGUUAUACAGUAAAACACAGUUAUAGCGAAUCUCCAGGGCUAACAAAAAAAUUCAUUAUAACCAAACUUUGUUAUACAGUAAAACACAAUUAUAGCGAACCUCCAGGGCUAACAAAAAGCAGUUCGUUAUAACCAAACUUCAUUAUACAGUAAAACACAGUUAUAGCGAAUCUCCAGGGCUAACAAAAAACAGUUCAUUAUAACCAAACUUUGUUAUACAGUAAAACACAGCUAUAGCAAACCUACAGAGCC